AUGCACAAAGGAGAUUCAACAGAUAAUUCUGGCUUGAAAACAGCGGGGACCAUGGAGGAAGUAAGUGGGUCGCCUCUUUUUUUUAACUAUCAUGAGUUCGUUGUUACUAAAUACCAAGCCAUUGGAGAAGAUGUACUUAAGGAACACGACAUAGAGGAUGCUUUAUGCAUUACACAUUUUCCCAAUAUAUACUAUCCUGAAGGGUCUUUAGAAUUUAAAUCAACCAGAAUUGUGAGAUUUCCUAGGCGUUUUGAUAAUUCAGUUUACUAUCCAUAUUUUAGUGAACAGUUGCCAGGCGAUGAACCGGCGGCAUUACACACAGAAGCCAAGUUUAUACCUGUUGGCAUAUACGAUGGACAGUAUUUUGGAAAGUCUUCUACAAGUCCCCUUUCGAAUUAUCUAACUAAUGAUGAAUGUCACAAAAUUGUCAGCACCAUAAAUAAUUUUUUUAGGGAAGGUUAUUCUGCGGAUACUGGUAAGAAUGCUUUAUUCAAUAUACUUGACAUCCUUACUUUAAACAUGUGGAGCAUAAUUUGCUCGUUAUUCAACUUCAAGGACCCUCUAGUUGAAUUAGAACGUUAUGUUGAACGGGUAAACGGGCAGAGUACUUUUAAACGCAACGGGAUAAAGCUAGUCUCGCCAAGACGGUCGGGUUAUUUAUCAGUAUGUUGUUCAAACUAUCAUUUACCCCUUCUAUGA